AUGUUUCAAGAACCUGACUACAGAGAAAACCUAUCAUUGAUGUUAUCACAGGUUUUAGAUGACAUUGGUGUCAAUGAAAGCAUAGUGAUAAGAAGGAGAAGAAUGAACAUGCUGACAGAGACUAUGAAUUAUAUCACAAACAGGUUAAUUAAUCAAAAUUUGACUGUAUAUUAUCUUGGGAGUCAGAGUGAAGGUACAACUACUAUAGGACUACACUCCGAUUCUGAUAUACUUAUCUGUGAUUAUGGUUACAAUAUAAUACAAGACUGGUCAGAGUGGGAGCAUUGCAAAACAAACUACCUCAUGAUACAGGAUGAGAACACCACCCCUGGUUAUUGUUUCUUACAACUGCUCCGACAUGAUGAACCUUUUCCUGCCACUGUCAUUCCUGAUAGACACCAUAUAACAGAUAGAAGUGGACGAAUUUUGUUGAAAAACACAAAAAGUAAUGGUAUCAUUCCGGGUUCUGUAGAUCACGGACCCUCAAAUGCUAUACAAGGACAACCUGGAAUCGUCGAUAAAGACCAUGUGUUAGCUUAUCCUUGUAAAUCAUGGCCUCAAUCAGCAUCAUGUUGGUUAGAGAGACAAGGUAUUGGUAGAUGGCCAACACAAGACAUGAGAAGAUAUGCAGCCAGUACAGGGUGUUUUGUUGUUGCAACUGGAAGUAAGGUCGGUGUUUAUCCAGAACUGGAAUGGAGAAUAUCUACGUCCCUGGCAGAAAGAUGUUUGAUGUCAAAUCUAAAUAUAACACAAAUAAGGUGCUAUGUAUUAUUGAAAAUAAUUCUUAAAUCCUUCCUUAAUCCUCAGGCAGAAAUCAAUAUAUCAAGUUUCAUGUGUAAAACAGUUCUAUUACAUUGUAUAGAAAACACAGAGCAAAGUAUAUGGAAAAAUAACAAUUUAUUUACAUGUUUAACAUACUGCUUAUUAGAAUUACAUGCUUGUGUACAGAAUGACUGUUGUUCACAUUUCAUUGUCCAAGAAAACAAUUUAAUGGCAGGGCAAUUUACAGCUGAAAAAAAACAUGACCUUUUAAAAUAUAUAACUGAAUUGAUACAGAGUGAUGGAAAUGGGUUACUUAUAAUAGAUAUCGAUGAUCUUGGUCAAAGACUGCAGGUUAAACUGAACAUGGUACCACAUGGAGGAUACAAUUUUCAGUCUUUACUUGAAAUACAUAAAAAUUUAAUGAUCCAAACAUAUGUAAACAUUGCAAACAUUGCUGGUCAAACAGGCGAAUGUCAUAAGUUUGUUUUAUACUAUUUACACAAUAAAAGCAUUAUGACAAUUAAGCAAUCUGUUAGUAAACUUAUGACCUUCAGAGAUAAUGGUAAUAGAUUUCAACAUGCUGCAUUCAAGAUUCUAGCACCUUUUAUCUUUACUACAUAUGGAUCUGUCCUGGCAUCUUCCAGCAUUGGUGAAAAUAAUCAAGUGUCACCUGAAGCACUGGUCUGGUUAUCAGCUGGUUUAAACUCAGAUAUCUCAUCUAGCAGACUUAAAUUGGCAUCAGUAUUCUACAGUACAGGUAAUAUGGAGAAAGCUGAACUUAUUCUGAUACACACUGAACAACAAUAUUAUUCGUAUCCUCUUUUACCUAUCUGUAACUGCUUGCAUAAGCAAAUACAUGUAACAGCAGAAUUCAUGUGGGUAUGUGGUGAACAAAGUGAGGAUUGUAUUAAACAUAUAACAGCAUUUUGUGUCAGAUUUAUGCAUCAAGAGAUCAACUGUGUUCCUCGUGAACUACAAUAUGAAAUGUUCAGAUCUACACAAGAUGACAUGAUACACAGAGAUAAGUAUAGAGACUAUUGGAUGAACUGGGCUGUAGUUGACUCUUUACCUUUCCUGUUCUUUCUACAAUACAAGAUCUACAGUCAUCUACAAAAACACCAAGAUCAGCAACAAGCGCUUAGUAAACUUAUAAGAAUCAUAGUAACGGAUAAGAACCUUGAACAUAGAGAAACAGCAUUCAACAUUUUAGGACAAUGUAUGGAACAAGAAAACACACAUCAACAGGCAUUAAAUUGCUACCUGCUUUCUCUUCAGCUAAGGGCAAGAAACAAUGCAGCAAAGUUCCAUAUAUGUAAGCUCUUUUCUAGGAUAUUGGCUGGCCGUUAAAACAUGUGGUCAAAAGCAGACAAUUUUAAGACUUGAAUUUCUAUUGAUCAUAGUUAUAAUUCUUGUGUGUAUCAAGUGAUUCAAAUGUCAAAAUAUGUGUUUUUAUAAUUCUUUUUGUUACACUCUAAUGAUUUUCACAUGAAUUAUCAAAUCAGAAAAAGAUAUCUUAAUAGAACGAUUUUAGUAUUCUAACAAUACAAUUCUGUUUCUAAAAGCAAACAAAUCAACAAUUUAAACAAACCUUGGA